AAGCUAGCAAAGCCCACCUAGCGCUCAGCCACAAGCCAGUACACUCUAGCUAGCUACUAGCAAUGGCGCCGUCCAAGCUCGCCCUCCUCCUCGCCACGAACCUGGCCGUCCUCGUGGCCGUGCAUGGCUGCGGAUCGUGCGGCAACACACCGCCGGUCCCAGUCCCAAGCCCGCCCCCGCCAGUUCCCGUGCCGUCUCCGCCUUCGACCGGCGGCGGGGGUGGCACCUGCUCAAUCGACACGCUGAAGCUCAAGGUAUGCGCCAACGUGCUGAACCUGCUGAAGCUCAAACUCGGCGUGCCGACGAACGAGCAGUGCUGCCCGCUUCUCAGCGGCCUCGCCGACCUAGACGCCGCCGUGUGCCUCUGCACCGCCAUCAAGGCCAACGUCCUCGGCAUCAAGCUCAACGUGCCCGUCGACCUCGUGCUCCUCCUCAACCAGUGCGGCAAGACCUGCCCCGCCGACUUCACCUGCCCCAGCUGAUCUAUCCAUCACAAACCAUGCAUGUUAGACCUUCAUCGUCGUCAUUGUCGUCAUCGUCGUACUGUAAUUAGCAUAUUUUCUGUUAUACGCAUGCACCUAUAUAUUUUCUGGUUUUCCAGUUCAUGUAUUUGUCUGUCGCGUGCAUGCAUGGGCUCCCUCGCUCGUGCAUGCAUGCUUGAGUUUACCAUUUCCCGUUAUGGUCUAAAUGCAUGAUUCAAGUAUUUGUAAAAGGAUAUAUGUACGUGGAAUAAAAACUUUGUUCAGGUUGUGUUUUUUCCC